AUGCGGGUCCCAAAGCUGAUUAAGGAAGGUGGAGAUUUACAAGAUCUGGUUCUUUUUCAGUUGAGUCACACUAUUAUGACUUCAUUUCGGAUGGAGCUGCUCCUUCCAUUCUCAGAAAGCAAUGGGGAACUGGUGCCGCCAAGGGUCAAAGAAUUUGUAUGGCUGGUGUCACUUGAAAAGAUCCUCAUACGCAUCGGUGGCCUUGGCAAACAUGGUUGGUCUGGUCUAAAGGUGGUUGCCCAAUUGGAUUUUACAUUCAGAACACUUGCUUGGAUUGUGAUCUCUAUUUAUUUGCACAUACGGUAUUCUUAUUCAAGUGAACACAUGUUUCCCAUUCUACUAAGGAUUUGGUGGGUCUUCUACUUCCUAAUGUCUUGCUCCUAUCUUAUUAUACUUCUUGAUUUGUAUUGGAAUUAUGCAUCCUUACCAUUACUACUAUGGGUCUCUAACCUUGUAUCCGUUAUUACUGGUUUAUUCUUUUGUUAUGUUGGGUUGUUUGGCUACGGGAAAAAUAAAGAUAUUCAUCUUUUGGAGCCUCUUUUGAGAACCAAUUCUAGUCGAAACAAUGAUGAUGAUGGACAGAGAUCAUGUGUCAAUGGAGAUGAUGUCAUUCCUUAUGAAAAUGCCACUAUAAUUAGUAUUUGUACUUUUUCUUGGAUUCAACCUUUGCUAGCACUCGGGUAUAAGAAAACAUUAGACCUUGAAGACGUUCCUCAGCUGGCCAAUUGUGAUAGUGCCAAGGUGAUUUUUGCUCAUUUUAUGAAGAAACUUGAAUUUGAUCAUGGUAAUGGUGGUCAAGUAAGCACUCUCAAGUUGGUUAAGGCAUUGAUUCUCUCAGUAUGGAAAGAAAUUAUAUGGACUACUCUAUUCUCCAUUAUAUCUACAUUGGCUUCUUAUAUUGGACCAUACCUUAUUGAAGCCUUCGUUCAAGAUCUCGAUAACCCUCACCAACUGAAAUAUAAGGGCUAUGUACUAGUGUUUAUUUUCUUUAUUUCAAAGCUCUUAAGGUGUUUCUCAGAGAGACACUUAUUUUUUCAAUUGCGAAAGAUGGGGAUUAAGGUUCGUGCUGCCUUAUUUGCAAUAAUCUUCAAGAAGAAUCUCACGCUUUCAAGCCAUGCAAAGCAGGGCCACAAUAGUGGGGAGAAUAUUAAUUUGAUAUGUGUUGAUGUUGAGAGAAUUGGAUUUUUCAGUUGGUACUUACACGAUAUAUGGAGGGUGCCUAUUCAGAUUUUUCUAGCAUUAUUAAUUUUGUACACGAAACUUGGGCUUGCUUCAAUUGUAACUUUUAUUGCCACAAUGAUUUUGAUGUUGGCAAAUAUUCCAAUGGGGAAAUUACAAGAGAAAUUUCAAGGAGAGUUAAUGGAUUCAAAGGAUCAAAGGAUGAAGGUGACGUCUGAAGCUUUGAGGAAUAUGAGGAUUCUCAAACUCCAGGGUUGGGAGAUGAAAUUCUUGGCAAAUAUAAUUGAGCUUAGGAACUUUGAAACAAGAUGGUUAAAAAAGUUACUUUAUACCUUAGCUAUGACUUCCUUCUUUUUUUUGUCUGCUCCCAUGUUGGUAUCUGUGGUUACUUUUGGGUUCUGUGUGCUGAUGAGAAUUCCACUAGAGUCGGGAAAAGUUCUUUCUGCAAUUGCAACAUUUGAGAUAUUACAAGUACCCAUUUAUAAUCUUCCAGACACAAUCUCAAUGAUCGUUCAGACUAAAGUUUCUCUCAAUAGGAUAACCUCAUUCCUUUGUCUCGAUGAUCUUUAUCCAAAUAUAGUACAAAAGCUUUCAAGAGAUAAUGCUAACAUUGCAGUUGAGAUAGUCAAUGGGAAUUUUUCUUGGGACCUUUAUUUCUCUAAUCUAAUAUUAAAAGAUCUUAAUUUCCGAGUAUACCAAGGUAUGAGAGUGGCUGUUUGUGGUUCUAUUGGAUCAGGUAAAUCAAGUUUACUUUCAUGUAUAUUGGGAGAAGUGCCAAAGGUAUCUGGAGCCAUUAAGUUAAAUGGUACGAAAUCCUAUGUUGCACAAUCACCUUGGAUUCAAAGUGGUAAGAUCAUAGACAAUAUAUUGUUUGGUAAGGAAAUGGAGGAGGAAAGGUAUGAGAUGAUCCUUGAAGCAUGUUCAUUAAAGAAGGACCUAGAAUUUUUUGCUUUUGGAGACCAUACUAUCAUAGGUGACAGAGGGGUCAACUUAAGUGGUGGACAGAAACAAAGAAUUCAGAUUGCACGUGCUUUGUACCAUGAUGCUGAUAUUUAUUUGCUUGAUGAUCCUUUUAGUGCUGUGGAUGCUCACACAGGAACUCAUCUAUUCAAGGAAUGUUUGCUAGGAAUUUUAAGUUCAAAAACAGUAAUUUAUGUUACUCACCAAGUAGAGUUUUUAUAUUCUGCUGAUCUUAUUCUGGUUAUGCAAAAUGGAAUGAUUACUCAAGCAGGAAAAUAUGAAGAAAUUCUUAAUUCAGAAACUGACUUUAUGGAUUUAGUGGGUUCACAUGCAAAAGCUUUGACAAAACUUAGUUCCAUUGAUCUUGGGGGUACUGCUUUGGAUAAUAUGUCUAAUGGCGAGGAAGAUCAUAAUAUGUUGUGUAGAGAGAAGUCUAUUCAAGAUGAUGAAGAAAUAGAAUCUAAAAACUACAAAAUAGAUAAAUCUGCUGAGCAAGAAGGGCAGCUUGUCCAAGAAGAAAAGAGAGAAAAGGGUGGAGUUAGUUUUUCAAUCUAUUGGAAGUAUGCUACCGCAGCAUAUAAAGGGGUUUUUGUACCAUUGAUAGUGCUGGCACAAUUUUUUUUCCAACUUCUCCUAAUAUUUAGUUGUUACUGGAUGGUGUUGGCCACUCCCGUUUCAGAGGAUGUGAGACCUUAUGUUUCAGAAUCCACUCUCAUCUAUGUUUAUAUUGCUUUGACAUUUGGAAGCUCUCUUUGUGUACUUAUAAGGUCCAUGCUCAUUGUAAUUGUUGGAUUUAAGACAUCCACUUUACUUUUCAACAAAAUGCAUAAAUGCAUUUUUCGUGCUCCUUUGUCGUUUUUCGAUUCUACUCCGAGUGGAAGGAUUAUAAACCGGGCAUCUGUAGAUCAAAGUGCAGUUGAUACUUCUAUUCCACAUCAAAUUGAAGAACUUCUUAUUUCAAUCAUAGGAUUCUUGGGAGUUAUUGCAGUAAUGUCACAGGUUGCAUGGCAAAUAUUAAUAGUUUUUAUUCCAAUGACGGUGACAUGCAUAUGGUAUCGGCAAUACUACAUAUUUGCAGCACGAGAAUUAUCACGGCUGGUCGGAGUAUGUCAGGCUCCAAUUAUACAACAUUUUUCUGAAUCUAGUUUAGGUUUAACCACAAUUAGGUGCUUUGAUCAAGAAGAGAGGUUUAUGGACACAAACUUCAAGCUGGUGGAUGGGUAUUCUCGGCCCAAAUUUUACUUUUCUGGUGCAGUUGAGUGGUUAUGCUUCCGUUUGGAUAUGUUGGCAUCCAUCACAUAUGUAAUCUCUUUGGUUUUCUUGUUUUUGGUGCCGAAGGGAAUACUAAGCCCAGGUGUUAUCGGUUUAGCAGUCACAUAUGGACUUAGUUUCAGUAUGCAAGGAGUUGUAUGGGAUCUUAGUAGUCUUGAGAACAAAAUGAUAUCAGUUGAGAGAAUACUACAAUAUGCUUGCAUCCCUAGUGAACAUCCUGUACUGGUAGAAGAAAAUAAGCUAGAUCGUGAAUGGCCUUCACAUGGGCAAAUUGAAAUUGCUGAUUUGCAGGUCCGGUAUGCCCCACAUCUUCCUCUUGUCUUACGAGGUCUCACAUGCACUUUCCCCGGAGGGAUGAAUAUUGGCGUCGUUGGUCGAACUGGAAGUGGUAAAUCAACUCUUGUACAAACUCUCUUCCGCAUUCUUGAACCAACAACUGGUCAAAUUUGGAUAGAUGGUAUCAACAUCUCCAAGAUUGGCCUUCAUGACUUACGCUCAAGAUUAAGCAUCGUCCCACAAGAACCAACAAUGUUUGAGGGAACUCUAAGAAACAAUCUUGACCCACUUGAUGAGUACAAUGAUGAACAAAUUUGGGAGGCUUUAGAUAAAUGUCAGCUUGGUGAUAAAGUUAGAAAAAAGGAAGGAAAGCUUGAUUCUGCAGUGACUGAGAAUGGAGAGAAUUGGAGCCUAGGUCAAAGACAGCUAGUUUGUUUAGGGCGGACAUUACUCAAGAAGAGCAAAAUUUUAGUGCUUGAUGAAGCUACUGCGUCAAUGGAUACUGCAACAGACUAUCUAAUUCAUCAAACACUUAAGAAACACUUCUCAGGAUCUACUAUCAUCACAAUCGCACAUAGAAUAACAUCAAUUCUUGAUGCUGAUAUGGUCCUCCUCCUCGAUAAUGGCCUUGUACUGGAAUAUGAUUCCCCAACCAAAUUGCUAGAAGUCAAGUCUUCAUCAUUUGCAAAGCUUGUUAACGAGUAUACUCGAAGAUUUAAUUCCUAGUUUUUGAAAAACUAAAUAAAUGAGUUUUGAAUGUUUGAAUCUAAACAUGGUGCAUUAGAUUGAGGUAUACUGCAUUUUAGUAUGACAAAAAUUGUUGGGAGAAGAAGG